CCCAAUUAAGCCUGGAAAUCGUUGCUUCGUCGUCUCACUUUCUCUCUGUCACGCAGCAUGGGCACAGAUGAUAAGCAACUUCAUGUGUUCUUCUUUCCAUUCAUGGCACCAGGCCGCUUGCUUCCCAUGGUGGACAUGGCCAGACUCUUCGCUGCUCGUGGCGUGAAGGCAACCAUAAUCACAACUGCUCUUAACCUCUCCCGCUUCCAAGCCAUCAUCGACCGAGACAUUCAAUCCGGCCUCCAAAUCCAAGUACACACAGUCGAACUUCCCUUCUCCGACGCCGGCAUACCUGAAGGAUGCGAGAACGUCGACACCCUCCCUUCUCGGGAUCUGCUCAACUUCAGCAAAGCAGCCGCGUUGCUUCAACCACAGUUUGAGAAGCUCGUCGAGCACCACCUUCCUGAUGCCAUCAUCUCCGACAUGAACUUCACAUGGACAGUCGACAUUGCCCACAAGCACCACAUCCCACGUCUAGAGUUCAAUGGCUUCUCUUGCUUCUCCCUCUGCGUAACAGAUUCCAUCAACCGCUAUACGCCCCAUAUACAUGCAGCUUCUGAGUCGGAACCCUUCCUGGUUUCUAGCCUGCCCGACCCUCUUUACCUGACCCAAGCACAGCUCGUGGAGCGAUUUGUACCGGGUGCACGAGAUUUCCUUCAGAAAAUGCAAGCAGAAAUCGAUCGAUACACCUCCGACGUUGUAAUCAACAGCUUUUACGAGCUGGAGCCCGAUUAUAUCGAACACUAUCAGAAGACAAGCGGGAAGAAGACAUGGAUGCUAGGGCCUGUCUCACUAUGUAACAAAGAUUCAUUAAGCAAAGCCGAGAGAGGAAAGAAAGCUUCAAUCAGUCAGGAGUGGUGUCUCUCAUGGCUCGACUCCAGAAAACCCAACUCAGUUCUCUAUGUUAGCUUUGGUAGUGUGUGUAAGUUCCCAAAGUCACAGCUGAAGGAGAUCGGGUUGGGUCUCGAAGCUUCAAACCAGAAUUUCAUUUGGGUUAUCAGAGAUGUGGACGCAGGAGGAUUGCCGGAGGGAUUUGAAGAGAGGAUACAGGGGAGAGGACUAAUCAUCAGGGGGUGGGCUCCGCAGGUUCUCAUCCUAGAACACCCGGCAAUCGGAGGGUUCAUGACACACUGUGGAUGGAACUCGACUCUGGAAGCGGUUAGCGCAGGUCAGCCAUUGAUAACGUGGCCGCUCUUUGCUGAGCAGUUUUACAACGAGAAGUUUGUGUUGCAGCGGUUGAAGAUCGGGAUCAGCAUCGGCGUUGAAACUGGGUUCGUGUGGGGUGAAGAGGAGAGGACCGGCGCUUUGGUGAAGAGAGAGAAGGUGGAGGAGGUGGUGACCCGGCUGAUGGGUGGUGGUGGGGAGGUGGAAGGGAUGAGGAAGCAAGCAAAGAAACUUGGGGAGAUGGCCAAGCUGGCCGCCGGAGAGGGCGGGUCGUCCAAUACCAACAUAAGCCUUCUGAUCGAGCAUCUCAAGAACCAAAAACGUCUGAGAAAGAUUGGCUAGAGUUGGACACAUGGAAAUCAUGGAUUGUCUUGUGACCAUAUAUAAUAGUAUUUGAUUGAUAUGAUGUAUUGUUAAUAUAUAUCUUCAUUGAUAAGCAAA